AUGACGAAGCAGGUGGGCAAAGGAAUGGCAUGGAAAACAAACAUAUUCAAAUUGGGCUCUCUCCGUCCCCGCAUGCUUGACCUCUGCAUGGCGCCUGGUGGGUUUACUAUGACGGCCGCAAAGGAAACCCCAGGAUCACUCAUCGAUGCUGUUACUCUCCUAACAGAAAGUGGUGGUUAUGAAGUAAUGGCUAAGGACAUUUGCCAAUAUAUUAUAUAUGCAGACAUCACGAUGUAUCUCCUGGAAAUGGCUCGCCAAGAAAUCAUUCCCACGGCACAUCCUGAUUCCAGCAGUUUUGAACAAUAG